GUAUAAUCCGUCUGAGUGAGGGGUUCCAUGACCGUUACCCAGUAGAAGACUAUUUGGAUCUGUUUGACCUGGCAGCCUAUCAGAUCCAAGACGACCUGAUGGGAAAUGCCCCCUCCGGAGCCCCAGAACAACACAACAUCAUCAUAGGAGAGGCCAGUGCAUCCACCAUGUGGGACAACAAUGCCUGGGUGUAUUUCUAUGACAACUCAACUGAGGCAGAGGCGGAGCCACCAUUCCUCAUCCAGGACUUUAUCCACAGCCUUCAACCUGACGCAAGGUUCAUCAUCAUGCUCAGAGACCCUGUAGAGAGGUUAUACUCCGACUAUCUCUACUUUGGGAUCACUAAUAAGUCCGCGGAGGAUUUCCAGGAGAAGGUGUCCGAGUCUCUGCAGCUGUUUGAAGGGUGUCUUACGGAGUACACCAUGCGCUCCUGUGUAUACAACACUACGCUCAACAACGCCAUGCCAGUCAGGUUGCAGGUGGGCCUGUACAUAGUCUACAUACUAGACUGGUUGACAGUCUACAGUAGAGAGCAGAUUCUGGUCCUACGGCUUGAAGAUCACGCUUCCAACAGGAAAUACACAAUGCACAAAGUCUUUGACUUCCUCAACUUGGGACCGUUGACAGAGCAGAAGGAAGCAGAGAUCACUAAAAGUCCCGCCUCCAACACGCGGAGGCCAGCCGAUAAGAGCCUGGGGCCCAUGCUCCCCGUAACCAAGGAGAUACUGAGGGACUUCUACACUCCGUUCAACGAGAAACUGGCCAAGGUGCUCCGCAACGACACCUUCAGAUGGGACAACCAUUCAGAACUCAUGUAAAGACUUUGUUUUAAUGGGGAAACCCAUUCAGAACUCAUGUAAAGACUUGUUUUAAUGGGGAAACCCAUUCAGAACUCAUGUAAAGACUUGUUUUAAUGGGGAAACCCAUUCAGAACUCAUGUAAAUACUUGUUUUAAUGGGGAAACCCAUUCAGAACUCAUGUAAAGACUUGUUUUAAUGGGGAAACCCAUUCAGAACUCAUGUAAAGACUUGUUUUAAUGGGGAAACCCAUUCAGAACUCAUGUAAAGACUUGUUUUAAUGGGGAAACCAUUCAGAACUCAUGUAAAGACUUGUUUUAAUGGGGAAAGCCAUUCAGAACUCAUGUAAAGACUUGUUUUAAUGGGGAAACCCAUUCAGAACUCAUAUAAAUUAUUAUUAACCUGGCAGCCAAUUUCAGGUCUGCUGAGCGCAAACCUGAACGUUGUCAAAAAUCUAACUGCAUUAUUAUUCCCAUACCAUUAUUAAAGAGGAUCAGACAAAUUAUGCUACCCUCUGCCUAUUGGCUACUU